AUGUACUGUCAACUCCUCGUGGACUCGGCUACGAACGUGUCCAAGGACGAAAUCAAGGAAUGGGGCCCUCUAGAUCUCAUACGCUGCCUCAACAGAAAUGAGCGGGACGCUGGCCUACCCAAGGAGUCCGCGUACCACGAGAUGCUCUACCUCAUCGCGGACUACUUUGGCACCGAGGUGAUUACCUUUACGCGCCCUGACAAGCCCCGUGAACCGUCAGACCCGGUAACGACGUUUCCUUCCAGCCGCGAGGCCUCUCCAGAGCGAAACGGCCAGCCAGGUCCUUCGGGCACUCAGUCCAAUAAUGAAGCGAUCGCACGAGAGAGAACACCCAGCGAAAAUUCACCCCCACCAGAAGAACCUUAUGCAAACCUUUGGCUGGAGGAAGGAAGACAAGUCUUCAAGAUGAGAGUGUAUGGAAGUAUACCCCGGGAGGGGUAUAUUCUGGACCCCGACAACCAAAAGAGAGAGCAGAUUCUCCUCGUUACUGACUCUAAGCUAAGGUAUUUUCAGCCCGUCACGCGAGUAAGUCCCGAACUGCCGUCAGCGGUAAGAGGCGGGCAUUACAUCGGCACGCGACCUUACAAGAUGUGGGAGCGCUGGCCACCGAUGCCGUGGUGGCCGGAGGCUAAGUACCAUGAUGGCAGUAAGAAAUGGGUGGGCGCCUGGUCCACGACCGACGGGCGUAGUAGCAUCACCGACGACCAGCAGCUGGAGAUGAAGCCAAUAAGCAUCUGCAGAAACAUCCUGGACCCUAUAACCGGGGCGCAGAUUCGAGGUCGGUAUUUUGAAGCACAGCCACCCCGUAACCUGCAAAACCGGUCAUAUCAUGACAUGUUGCUCACUUACGAAGCUAACACGGACACGGACAGGUAUGGGGUGAUAUGUCCCACCAUAACCGUCAUAAAAACCUGGAGGACCGAGAAUCCCCCAGCUGGCCAGGCGGAUCCGCCGCUUCUUCGGACGCAGUGGAGGGCCCGGACGGGUGGGGCCGAUGACGUGAAGUAUCGGUCCAAGGGGCAUCUUGAGAGCCGGAAGCGUACGCGUGAGGAGUACGCUGCGAACGAGGGUCUUGGGUUUGACGAUGAUUAUGGGUGGUUGAGGAUCGAGACGGCAGAGAAGGAGAGCAAGGUAAGGGCUUGGCAUGAUAAGGCUAAAAGGAGGAAGAUGGGCUGGUAA